GUUGCAAAGAGAGGGGGCAUUCAGAUUAUCUGUGCCCCUGGGCAAGGCGGUUCAGGAGGCUAUCGAUGGAGGAGUGUCGGCUUGUUAAUCACUGAGCCGAAAGAGACUGCCCAGGAAUGGAAGGCAAUGAAAGAAAGAGCAAAAGACCCCUCCAAUUUAAAAAGUUUGGGAUGAAGGACUUAUCAAAAGGAGGGAACUAUCUCUCGGAGAAAUGCUGGCGUUCCUCAGGUUACAUUGAGUUGGAUUUAAUUUAGAUGUAUUUCUGUGCAGUUUCUAGCGCGAAACCUGAUAUGUUCAUUCAUUCUCCAGUAUCUACUGAGCGCCACCUAGGUGACAGGCUCUGCGCUCAGUGCUGGCCUGUAGUGGGCCCUCAAUAACUGUUUGAUAGUAUUAUUAGCAUUAUUAAUUUAAUAUUAAGUCGAAGUUUUUCUUUUCCUAGAAUUUUCGAUGAAAAUCAUACUUGCAUCGGGAUUCUCUCUUUAUUAUUUGAAAGCCCUCUGGUCAAUAUAAGAGGAAAGAAUCCAGAAGGGAAAACAAUGGCUGUAUUAUUACUUAUUUGGGGGGAGUCUCUGUGUGCUUGAGCGGUGAGAUCCCACGCUGUCUGGUGUGAGCCAGGCCUGACCCCACGCUCCUCCUCAGAUGCACGCACACAUUUUGCCCCCACUCACCCCCUCACACAGCCCCCUCCCAGGCAGCCUGCUCCCUGCCUGCUGGGAUGGGGCAUUCUCCAACCUCACAUGCCCAGAAUGGCCUGUCAGGCACCUCAGUCAGAGAGGGAGCUCCGAGGGAGCGCUCACCUCCUGAAAUGGUAGGGAGAGCCGUCAGGGUAGGUAGCCCCCCACCCCCGGGCUGGGCAGACCUGAGUUCAAAUCCCAGCUCAGCCACUGACCAGCUACAUGACUGAUGAGGUUACUCACUUCCCUGGGACUCAGUUUCCCGUUCUCUAAGAGGCGGAGGAAAACCUCCAGGAGCGGGUUUUUGUGAGGAUUAAAAGACGUAAUGUGGGUGCUUUGCCUGGUUCUCAGCAGGCACCACAAACCUUUAUUCCUCUCCUCUCACAGUUUCUAGGCCCCCUCGGAGUCACAAACCGUAAGUUCAGCCCAGGACUAACAGAGUAUUCUGUCUUAGUCAAAGACUGUCCCCACCUUUGGUGUGGAUUCUCUUAACGACACCUUCCACAACCUGGUCCCUCCCACAGCCCUUCUUGUUGGGCACGAGGACGACCUCAGCGGGGCCAGGGGAAGCCCUCGGUCCCCGGUGUCACUUUCGGUCUGCUCCCGCGGGAACACCCAGCGCAGGAUUUGUCCAACUGCAGGUCGUGAAACCGAUUUAGUGGGGGUUUAAGGACAUAGCAAAGAAUAAUCUCAUAGAGCCUCCCAUAUAGUAAAGGUGAACUAUGACCACUUUACUCUUGGCGUUUGUGACUCUGAGGGUCAUCACAGCGGCCAUCUCAGUAGACGUUUCAGACCCUGACAACUCGCUGAGUGUCAGCAUCCCCGAACCAUCCCCGCUGCGGGUCCUCCUGGGGACCUCCCUCACCAUCCCCUGCUAUUUCAUCCACCCCACUCACCCUGUGACCACCGCCCCCUCCACCGCCCCCCUCGCCCCGAGAAUCAAGUGGAGCCGCAUUUCCAAGGAGAAGGAGGUGGUGCUGCUGGUGGCCACGGAAGGGCAGGUGCGGGUCAACAGCGCCUACCAAGACAGGGUCUCGCUGCCCAACUACCCAGCCAUCCCGACCGACGCCACCUUGGAACUCCAGAACCUGCGCUCCAAUGACUCUGGCAUCUAUCGCUGCGAGGUGAUGCACGGCAUCGAGGACAGCGAGGCCACCCUAGAGGUCGUGGUGAAAGGCAUCGUGUUCCAUUACAGAGCCAUCUCCACGCGCUACACCCUGGACUUCGACAGGGCGCAGCGGGCCUGCCUGCAGAACAGCGCCAUCAUCGCCACGCCCGAGCAGCUGCAGGCCGCCUAUGAGGACGGCUUCCACCAGUGCGACGCCGGCUGGCUGGCCGACCAGACUGUCAGGUAUCCCAUCCACUUGCCCCGGGAAGGCUGCUAUGGGGACAAGGAUGAGUUUCCCGGCGUGAGGACCUACGGCAUCCGUGACACCAAUGAGACCUACGACGUGUACUGCUUUGCCGAGGAGAUGGAGGGUGAGGUCUUUUACGCAACGUCUCCGGAGAAGUUCACCUUCCACGAGGCAGCCAACGAGUGCCGGCGCCUGGGUGCCCGGCUGGCCACCACCGGCCAGCUCUACCUGGCCUGGCAGAGCGGCAUGGACAUGUGCAGCGCCGGCUGGCUGGCCGACCGCAGCGUGCGCUACCCCAUCUCCAAGGCCCGGCCCAACUGCGGGGGCAACCUCCUGGGCGUGAGGACCGUCUACCUGCACGCCAACCAGACCGGCUACCCCGACCCCUCAUCGCGCUACGACGCCAUCUGCUACACAGGUGAAGACUUUGUGGACAUCCCAGAAAACUUCUUCGCUGUGAGUGGCGAGGAGGACAUCACCAUCCAGACGGUGACCUGGCCGGAUGUGGAGAUGCCACUGCCACAAAACAUCACCGAGGGUGAAGCUCGAGGCAAUGUGAUCCUCACAGUGAAACCCAUCUUUGGCGUCUCCCCCACCAUCCUGGAGCCUGGGGAGCCCUUCACGUCUGUCCCUGGCGUGGGGACCACCGCCUUCCCCGAGGCGGAGAACGAGACUGGAGCGGCCACCAGGCCCUGGGGCGUUCCGGAGGAGUCCACACCUGGCCUGGGCCCCAUCACAGCCUUCACCAGCGAGGACCUUGUGGUACAGGUGACCACAGCUCCUGAGGUCCCUGGGCAGCCACGAUUGCCAGGGGGUGUUGUGUUCCACUACCGCCCGGGCUCCGACCGAUACUCUCUGACCUUUGAGGAGGCACAGCAGGCCUGCCUGCAGACAGGGGCGGUCAUCGCCUCGCCCGAGCAGCUCCAGGCCGCCUACGAAGCGGGCUACGAGCAGUGUGACGCCGGCUGGCUGAGUGACCAGACCGUCAGAUACCCCAUUGUGAGCCCCCGGACCCCAUGUGUGGGCGACAUGGACAGCAGCCCGGGGGUCAGGACCUACGGCGUGCGGCCCUCAUCGGAAACCUAUGAUGUCUACUGCUACGUGGACAGGCUCGAGGGGGAGGUGUUCUUCGCCACACGCCUGGAGCAGUUCACCUUCCGGGAAGCCCUGGAGUUCUGUGGGUCCCACAACGCCACCCUGGCCACCACGGGCCAGCUCUAUGCCGCCUGGAGCCGCGGCCUGGACAAGUGCUACGCCGGCUGGCUGGCAGACGGCAGCCUGCGCUACCCCAUCGUCACCCCACGACCCGCCUGUGGUGGGGACAAGCCAGGCGUGAGGACCGUCUACCUCUACCCCAACCAGACAGGCCUCCCGGACCCACUGUCCCGGCACCACGCCUUCUGCUUCCGAGGUGUCUCAGUGGCGCCGUCUCCAGGAGAAGAGGAGGCUGGCACGCCCACACUGCCCUCAGGCGUGGAGGACUGGCUCGUGACCCAAGUGGCGCCUGGCGUGGCUGCUGUCCCCUUAGGGGAGGAGACGACAGCAAUUCCAGCCUUCACCGUUGAGCCAGAAAACCAGACAGAAUGGGAACCAGCCUACACGCCACUGGCUGCAUCCCCACUGCCAGGGAUUCCUCCUACGUGGCCUCCCACAAGUGCAGCAACAGAGGAGAGCACAGAAGGCCCCUGGGCCACGGAAGUGCCCUCGGCCUCGGAGAAGCCAUCCCCCUCGGAGGAGCCGUCCACGCUUUCAGCCCCAGUGCCCAUCGAGACGGAGCUGCCAAGCCCUGGGGAGCCAUCGGGGGUGCCUGAAGUCAGCGGUGACUUCACAGGCAGUGGAGAAGUUUCAGGACACCUGGACUUCAGGGGGCAGCCCUCAGAGGGAAGUGUAAGUGGACUGCCCUCUGGAGACCUUGACUCCAGUGGUCUUAUCUCUGCAGUGGGCUCAGGCUUGCAUGUGGGCAGUGGACUGGCCUCAGGAGAUGAAGAUAGAAUUAGGUGGUCCACGACUCCUGCAGUUGGCUGGCUGCCCUCUGGAAGCGAGGGCCCAGAGCCCACUGCUUCUGGAGCAGAGGACCUCAGUGGACUUCCUUCUGGAGGAGAGGUUCAUCUAGAGCCCACUGCCUCUGGAGUAGAGGAUCUCAGUGGACUUCCUUCUGGAGGAGAGAUCCAUCUAGAGCCCACUGCCUCUGGAGUAGAGGACCUUGGUGAACUUCCUUCUGGAGGAGAGAUCCAUCUCGAGCCCACUGCCUCUGGAGUGGAGGACCUUGGUGAACUUCCUUCUGGAGGAGAGGUUCAUGUUGAGCCCACUGCCUCUGGAGUAGAGGAUAUCAGUGGAUUUCCUUCUGGAGGAGAGGUUCAUGUUGAGCCCACUGCCUCUGGAGUAGAGGAUCUCAGUGGACUUCCUUCUGGAGGAGAGAUUCAUCUAGAGCCCACUGCCUCUGGAGUAGAGGACCUUGGUGGACUUCCUUCUGGAGAAGAGAUUCAUCUAGAGCCCACUGCCUCUGGAGUAGAGGAUAUCAGUGGAUUUCCUUCUGGAGAAGAGGUUCAUCUUGAGCCCACUGCCCCUGGAAUAGAGGAUCUCAGUGGACUUCCUUCUGGAGGAGAGAUUCAUGUUGAGCCCACAGCCUCUGGAGUAGAGGAUAUCAGUGGAUUUCCUUCUGGAGAAGAGGUUCAUCUUGAGCCCACUGCCUCUGGAGUAGAGGACCUCGGUGGACUUCCUUCUGGAGGAGAGAUCCAUUUAGAGCCCACUGCCUCUGGAGUGGAGGACCUCGGUGGACUUCCUUCUGGAGGAGAGAUUCAUCUUGAGCCCACUGCCUCUGGAGUAGAGGACCUCGGUGGACUUCCUUCUGGCGGAGAGAUUCAUCUGGAGACUACUCCCUCUGGAGCAGAGGACCUUGGUGGACUUCCUUCUGGAGGAGAGAUCCAUCUCGAGCCCACUGCCUCUGGAGUAGAGGACCUCGGUGGACUUCCUUCUGGAGGAGAGAUCCAUCUCGAGACCACUCCCUCUGGAGUAGAGGACCUCAGUGGACUUCCUUCUGGAGGAGAGAUCCAUCUCGAGCCCACUGCCUCUGGAGUAGAGGACCUCGGUGGACUUCCUUCUGGAGGAGAGAUCCAUCUCGAGCCCACUGCCUCUGGAGUAGAGGACCUCGGUGGACUUCCUUCUGGAGGAGAGAUUCAUCUAGAGCCCACUCCCUCUGAAGUAGAGGACCUCGGUGGACUUCCUUCUGGAGGAGAGAUUCAUCUCGAGCCCACUGCCUCUGGAGUAGAGGACCUCGGUGGACUUCCUUCUGGAGGAGAGAUUCAUCUCGAGCCCACUGCCUCUGGAGUAGAGGACCUCGGUGGACUUCCUUCUGGAGGAGAGAUUCAUCUCGAGCCCACUGCCUCUGGAGUAGAGGACCUCGGUGGACUUCCUUCUGGAGGAGAGAUUCAUCUAGAGCCCACUGCCUCUGGAGUAGAGGACCUCGGUGGACUUCCUUCUGGAGGAGAAAUCCAUCUCGAGCCCACUGCCUCUGGAGUAGAGGACCUCGGUGGACUUCCUUCUGGAGGAGAGGUUCAUCUUGAGCCCACUGCCUCUGGAGUAGAAGACCUCGGUGGACUUCCUUCUGGAGGAGAGAUCCAUUUAGAGCCCACUGCCUCUGGAGUAGAGGACCUCGGUGGACUUCCUUCUGGAGGAGAGAUUCAUCUUGAGCCCACUGCCUCUGGAGUAGAGGACCUUGGUGGACUUCCUUCCGGCGGAGAGAUUCAUCUGGAGACCACUCCCUCUGGAGCAGAGGACCUUGGUGGACUUCCUUCUGGAGGAGAGAUCCAUCUCGAGCCCACUGCCUCCGGAGUAGAGGACCUCAGUGGACUUCCUUCUGGAGAAGAGGUCCAUCUUGAGCCCACUGCCUCUGGAGUAGAGGACCUCGGUGGACUUCCUUCUGGAGGAGAGAUCCAUCUAGAGCCCACUGCCUCUGGAGUAGAGGACCUCGGUGGACUUCCUUCUGGAGGAGAGAUCCACCUAGAGCCCACUGCCUCUGGAGUAGAGGAUAUCAGUGGACUUCCUUCUGGAGGAGAGAUUCAUCUAGAGACCACUCCCUCCGGAGCAGAGGACCUUGGUGAACUUCCUUCUGGAGGAGAGGUCCAUCUCGAGCCCACUGCCUCUGGAGUAGAAGACCUCGGUGGACUUCCUUCUGGAGGAGAAAUCCAUCUCGAGCCCACUGCCUCCGGAGUAGAGGACCUCGGUGGACUUCCUUCUGGAGAAGAGAUUCAUCUAGAGCCCACUCCCUCCGGAGCAGAGGACCUUGGUGGACUUCCUUCUGGAGGAGAGAUCCAUCUCGAGCCCACUCCCUCUGGAGUAGAGGACCUUGGUGGACUUCCUUCUGGAGGAGAGGUCCAUCUCGAGCCCACUGCCUCUGGCAUAGAGGACCUUGGUGGACUUCCUUCUGGAGGAGAGAUCCAUCUCGAGCCCACUGCCUCUGGAGUAGAGGACCUUGGUGGACUUCCUUCUGGAGGAGAGGUCCAUCUCGAGCCCACUGCCUCUGGAGUAGAGGACCUCAGUGGACUUCCUUCUGGAAUGGAAGGUCUAGAGACCUCUGCUUCUGGAGCUGAGGACCUUAGUGGGUUGCCUUCUGGAAGAGAGGACUUGUUUGGGUCAGCUUCUGGAGCCUUGGACUUUGGCAGAAUACCUUCUGGAAGUGGGCAAGCUCCUGAAGCAAGUGGCCUUCCCUCUGGAUUUAGUGGUGAGUAUUCUGGGGUGGACCUUGGAAGUGGCCCAUCCUCUGGCCUGCCGGACUUUAGUGGACUUCCGUCUGGGUUCCCAACCGUCUCCCUAGUGGAUACGACAUUGGUGGAAGUCGUCACAGCCACCACUGCAGGUCAACUGGAAGGGAGGGGAACGAUUGGCAUCAGUGGUGCUGGAGAAACAUCUGGACUGCCCUUAAGCGAGCUGGACAUUAGUGGGGGAGCUAGUGGACUCCCUUCAGGAGCUGAACUCAGUGGCCAGGCAUCUGGGUCUCCUGACAUCAGUGGGGAAACAUCUGGACUCUUUGGUGUCAGUGGACAGCCAUCAGGGUUUCCUGACAUCAGUGGGGGAACAUCUGGGCUUUUUGAGGUCAGCGGGCAGCCAUCAGGAUUUUCUGGGGAAACAUCUGGAGUGACUGAGUUUAGUGGACUGUCCUCUGGACAACCAGAUGUCAGUGGAGAAGCUUCUGGAGUUCUUUUUGGCAGUGGUCAACCAUUUGGCAUAACCGACCUGAGUGGAGGAGCAUCCGGGGUCCAUGAUCUCAGUGGGCAGCCAUCGGGGUUGCCGGGGUUCAGUGGGACAACAUCUGGAAUCCAUGACCUGGUUUCCAGUGCCAUGAGUGGCAGUGGUGAACCUUCUGGCAUUACGUUUGUGGACACCAGUUUGGUCGAAGUGACCCCGACUCCGUUUAAAGAAGAAGAAGGUUUGGGAUCCGUGGAACUCAGCGGGCUCCCUUCAGGGGACGCAGACCUCUCGGGCACAUCUGGGAGAGCAGAUGUCAGUGGACAAUCUUCUGGAGCACCUGAUUCCAGUGGGCUUACAUCCCAGCCUCCAGAACUCAGUGGCCUGCCAAGUGGCGUCGCUGAGGUCAGUGGAGAAUCCUCUGGAGCUGAGACUGGGAGCAGCCUGCCCUCGGGAGCCUACGACGGCAGUGGACUUCCCUCUGGUCUCCCCACUGUCUCCCUUGUAGACAGAACUUUGGUGGAAUCUGUAACCCAGGCUCCAACAGCCCAAGAAGCAGGAGAAGGGCCUUCGGGCAUUUUGGAACUCAGUGGUGCCCAUUCUGGAGCACCGGCCGUGUCUGGAGACCAUUCGGGAUUUUCGGACUUAAGCGGGCUGCCGUCAGGGCUGGUGGAGCCCAGUGGAGAGCCAUCGAGUACUCCACAUUUCAGUGGGGACUUCUCGGGCACCAUUGAUGUAAGUGGGGCAUCCUCGGCGGCCACGAGCACCAGUGGGGAAGCCUCAGGACUUCCAGAAAUUACUUUAAUCACUUCUGAGUUCGUGGAGGGUGUUACUGAACCAACUGUUUCCCAGGAACUCGGCCAGAGACCCCCUGUGACAUUCACCCCCCAGCUUGUUGAGUCCAGUGGAGAAGCCUCUGCGUCUGGAGAAGCCGGUGGAGCUACGCCCGGGUUCCCCGGGGCUGGAGUGGAAGCAUCCUCAGUCCCAGAAUCCGGCCAUGAGACGUCUGCCUAUCCUGAGGCCGGGGUGGUGGCGUCUGCUGCCCCCGAGGCCAGCGGAGGAGCUUCUGGGUCCCCUGAUCUGAGUGCAGCCACCUCCGCCUCCCGUGAAGCUGACCUGGACGGAGGCUCAGGCCUGGGCGUGAGCGGCAGCACGUCCCCCUUUCACGAAGGCCCCAGGGAGGGCUCAGCCAGCCCGGAGGCCAGUGGAGUGUCAACCACCACCUACCACGUUGGCACAGAGGCAUCAGGCUGGCCUUCAGCCGCCCCCGCGGCUUCCAGAGACAGGACUGACAGCAGCGGAGACCCGUCUGGCCACACCUCGGGCCCAGAUGUGGUCCUGAGCACCAGCCUCCCAGAGUCUGAGUGGACCCCGCAGAUGCAGCGCCCUGCAGAGGCGCUCCUAGAAAUCGAGUCCUCAAGCCCCCUGUACUCAGGAGAAGAGACCCCAACAGCCGAAACAGCCGUCUCCCCGACAGAGGCUUCCAUCCCAGCUUCUCCAGGAGGACCAGGUGUAUCGGAGACAGCCGUCACAGACCAGGAGCUGUGUGAGAAUGGCUGGACCAAGUUCCAGGGCCACUGUUACCGCUACUUUCCCGACCGCGAGACCUGGGUGGACGCCGAGAGCAGGUGUCGGGAGCAGCAGUCACACCUGAGCAGCAUCGUCACUCCCGAGGAGCAGGAGUUUGUCAACAACAAUGCCCAAGACUACCAGUGGAUCGGCCUGAAUGACAGGACCAUCGAAGGGGACUUCCGCUGGUCAGAUGGACACUCCUUGCAAUUUGAGAACUGGCGCCCCAACCAGCCCGACAACUUCUUCACGGCCGGCGAGGACUGCGUGGUGAUGAUCUGGCACGAGAAGGGCGAGUGGAACGACGUGCCCUGCAAUUACCAGCUGCCCUUCACGUGUAAAAAGGGCACGGUGGCCUGCGGAGACCCCCCUGUGGUGGAGCACGCCAGGACCUUUGGGCGGAAGAAGGCGCGGUACGAGAUCAACUCCCUGGUGCGGUACCAGUGCACCGAGGGCUUUGUCCAGCGCCACGUGCCCACCAUCCGCUGCCAGCCCAGCGGACAGUGGGAGGAGCCCCGGAUCACCUGCACAGACCCCGCCAGCUACAAGCGCAGACUACAGAAGCGGAGCUCCCGGGCCCCACGGAGGAGCCGCCCCAGCACGGCCCACUGAAAGGGGCUUCCCAGACGCGCCCAGGAUGCUGAGCCCAGGAGCCUUGCCAGGCUGACAUCCCACACGGAUGGUGUCCUCUUCUUGUCGCUUUCUGUCCUCUAAGGAAUUCCAUUAAAGAAGGAAAAACAUAAAUCCCACCUUGUGUAUGCACCCACCCCCCCACCCCCAGAUCACCGACACUUCGUCUGAUUUUCUCCCUCAAAUGCCGAAGCACAGCAAAUGUAUCGUAACCCGUGGACUGAGUUUAGAGACUUUUCUUCAAUCUCCCGAUGUGCCUUUCCAAGGACCAGUGCAGGGACAGGGGGAGAAGGGGAGGGGUUAAGUUAAAUAAAGAAGAUUAUUUUUUGUUUCCUGACUUUA